AUGUCGGCUCCACAACCAAAUGAAGCAGAAAAAAAUAUUGAGAUAUGGAAGGUCAAAAAACUCAUCAAACGCCUUGAGGCUGCCCGCGGCAAUGGAACAUCAAUGAUCUCCCUCAUCAUCCCCCCCAAAGAUCAAGUCUCUCGAGCUGCCAAAAUGUUGGCUGAAGAAUUCGGUACCGCCUCCAACAUCAAGUCGAGGGUCAAUCGCCUAUCUGUUCUGUCCGCCAUCACCUCCACCCAACAGCGUCUCAAGUUGUACAACAAAGUUCCUCCCAAUGGCCUGGUUGUCUAUUGUGGUGAAAUCAUCACCUCCGAGGGAAAAGAGAGAAAGAUCAAUAUUGAUUUCGAACCAUUCAAGCCUAUCAAUACGUCUCUCUAUCUCUGCGACAACAAGUUUCACACCGAGGCUCUCAGCGAACUUCUCGAGUCCGAUCAAAAGUUUGGGUUUAUCAUCAUGGAUGGCAACGGUGCUCUUUUCGGAACUUUGAGCGGUAAUACACGAGAGGUCGUUCACAAAUUCUCCGUUGAUCUUCCAAAGAAACACGGUCGAGGUGGUCAAUCAGCCCUGCGUUUUGCCCGUUUGAGAGAAGAGAAGCGACACAACUAUGUUCGAAAGGUUGCCGAGUUGGCGGUUCAGAACUUCAUCACCAACGACAAGGUCAACGUCGCUGGUAUUAUUCUUGCCGGUUCUGCAGACUUCAAGAACGAUUUGAACCAAUCCGACAUGUUCGACAAUCGUUUACAAUCAAAGGUGAUCAAGGUCGUUGAUGUGUCUUAUGGCGGUGAAAACGGUUUCAAUCAAGCCAUUGAUCUCUCUGCCGAGACUUUGAGCAACGUCAAGUUUAUUCAAGAGAAGAAAUUGAUCGGUAAAUACUUCGAGGAAAUUAGCCAAGAUAGUGGUCGAGUUUGCUACGGAGUUGACGAUACCCUCAAGGCUCUUGAACUUGGCGCUGCUGAAACCUUGAUCGUCUAUGAAAAUCUUGACAUUACCCGCUGGGUUAUAAAGGGUUCAGACGGAGUAGAAAAGAUCUUGCAUACCACCAAAGCUCAAGAAGCCGAUCGUGAACAAUUCAUGGAUAAAGAGACUGGACAAGAGAUGGAAGUGGUCGAUCAAAGCUCCUUCCUCGAAUGGCUCGCUGAGAAAUAUAAAGAUUUCGGUGCAACAUUGGAAUUUGUUUCGGAUCGAUCGAGCGAGGGUAACCAAUUCGUCAAGGGGUUUGGUGGCAUCGGUGCCAUCCUGCGCUACAAGGUCAAUUUUGAGCAAUUGGCUGACGUUGACUCCGAAGAUGAAUUCUAUGAUGAUUGA